AUGUCAAUUUCUAAUAAAGCGGUUAAACGUAAAUAUGAAGAAGAAAAACGGGAAUUUAAAUUAGAAUGGGAAGAACUAUACUUUUUCAUACAGAAAAACGAUAAACCAUUUUGUCUCAUAUGUCAAGUUACAUUAUCACAGUUUAAGGCAGACGACUGUGUAGAAGCAAGUUUUGUAAUUGCCUUUAAUAUUGAUCAAGCAAAACGUCCUCUAGCUUUAGAUGAAUCUACCGAUAUCCAAGAUAAACCUCAGUUAGCCAUAUUUGUUCGUUAUGUUACGAGUGAUGUAGAUGUGAAAGAAGAGUUGUUAGAUCUAAUUUCAUUGAAGGAAACUACUCGGGGUAUUGACAUUAAGAUUGCUCUCGAUGAAACUCUACAAAAAGCUGAAAUUCCACUAAACAAAAUUAUAAGCAUUUCAACUGAUGGAGCUCUUAGUAUGAUGGGUUGUAAAAAUGGAUUAAUAGGACUUUUAAAAAAUGAUACUAAUUUACCAGAUUUUAUACCUAUUCAUUGUAUUCUACAUAGAGAACACCUAACUGCUAAAUAUUUUAAAUAUGAUCAUGUGAUGGAUGUUGUUUUAAAAAUUGUAAAUUACAUACGUUCAAGUGCAAAAACACAUCGGCAGUUUAAAAACUUUCUAGAAGACAUAGAAGGUGAUAUUCCUAAUGAUGUCCCAUGGUAUUGUCUAGUUAGAUGGUUAGAUUUGGCAUUUUUCACCGACAUUAUGCAACAUUUAUCAACAUUAAAUGUAUCUCUUCAAGGUCAAAAUAAAUUAGUUAAUGACCUAGGGCAAAAAGUAUUUCAAAAUCAACUAAAACUUUUCAUACGAGAUUUACAAUCAAACAAUUUUACUCACUUUUCAUGUUUAGAAAAAAUAGAAGCGUGCCUGAUAGAAUCAGAAAUAAAAAUUAAUUGUGACGACUAUGUACUUAAACUUGAAUUUCUAUUUACCGACUUUGAAGAACGAUUUCGAGACCUAAAGGCAUUAAAACCCUCAUUAGGAUUUUUAGAAAAUCCAUUUUUAGUUAAUAUCAUUGAAAAGGAAUGUCCAUUAUCACAUCCUAUCAUCAGAAAUAAAGCGGAUCUCGAAAUAGAACUCUUGGAGUUAUUAGAAGAUGAAGGUCUUAAGCAGUUUAUAAACAAUUGUCCCUCUAUAUUGGAAUUUUGGAAGCAUAUUUCUAUAUUAAAAUACCCAAAUAUUAAAAACUGUGCGGUAAAAUUGAUAUCAAUUUUUGGAACGACGUAUUCAUGUGAAUCACUUUAUUCAACAAUGAAAAUAAUUAAGUCAAAAUAUCGUUCAAAUUUGACUGAUGAUCAUCUUACAGAAUUAUUAAGAACUGCUCUUACAUCAAUUCAACCAGAUCUUAAGAAGCUUACUAAAAAACUAGACACGAAAAAAAUACCACGCAAACAAAAUUAG